CUAGAUGGCUGUCGAGAAGCUUUGGACAGUUCAAGCGUGGUCGUGAGCGAAGUACUAUAAGAAGAGUGUUGUGUGAGGAUUCAUCUUGCAGUCAUGUUUGCAUCAGAUUCUAUUCAGAUUGAAGAUGCUGAAGGUCUAACUAAGUUGGACAUCAGGCAAAAAGUAUGGAAGCAUUUCCAAGAGAAUGACUUGGCUAACUUCCCCCUGUCGGUGUUUCGUCGCAUCCCCAACUUCAAGGGUGCUGAUGAGGCUGGAGCAAAGUUAGCUGAACUUGACUGUUUCAAGACUGCCAAGUCAGUUAAGGUCAACUUGGAUAAGCCUCAAGGAGAAGUGCGGUUUCUAACACUGCAGUCUGGCAAGGUGCUGCUGGUACCCACACCUGGGCUACGCACGGGCCUCUUCAACCGAAUGGACAGCAGAAGUGCCGGCGAUGACACCACUGAGAACUUGCGUCUGCUUGCCCAAAACGACGGCAUGAAGCGAUUCUCUACUUCUCUGGACCUGGAUGCUGAUGCCAAAGUUGAUUUGGUUGUUGUUGGAUCGGUUGCUGUCUCAAAGAGUGGUCAGCGUAUCGGCAAGGGAGAAGGCUUCGUUGACCUCGAGUAUGGGAUGAUGCGUCACAUGAAGUGCAUCAAUGAAAAUACUCUCAUUGUCACCACUGUGCAUGAUUGUCAGGUGUUUGACCGUUUGCCCGACCGUCUGUUCUCCGUGCACGACGUGCCAGUUGACCUGAUCGUGACGCCCACCCAAGUUCUGCCUGUGAACAAGCACGCCCCGCGGCCUGCAGGCAUCCUCUGGAACCUCAUUGACGCCGACAAGUUCUACAGAGUGGCGAUCCUUCGUACGCUGUGGCAACGACUCAAGGAUGCUGGACAUGAGCCGCGCAUUGCUGGCGAGGAUCCAGUGCCGAGCGAGGAUCAGAUCGCCGAGUACUGGAAGAAGGUGGAGGCGACGCGUGAGGCCAACAGAGAGGCCAGGGCCGCCAGCAGACGUGGUGGUGGACGCGGCAGGAGGGGCUUGAGGCGCGGACGAGGUGGAGGAGCGAGUCGUCGCUACGAGGGUGGUGAAGAAGGUCUCGACGAAGACGGCAACAGACUGCAGGUGACGGUCGGAGUGAACAAGCGCAACCGCAUCGUGCGGCGCAGCGUCCGCCAGAGCAACCAACAGGAUCGCGAGGGAGACGCGAGUCUCAACGAUGGCCAAACUAACGGCGAUGGCGAAGAAAUGCCCGUCAGAGGCCGAGGACGAUCCCGCUACAACCGCAGAGGAAGAGGCUACUAUGGCCAAGCACCCUUCUCGGUCUUCCUGGGCAACGUCCCGCCCCACUCGAGAACCCGUGAGAUCAAAGAAGCUGUGAAGGAGGUGAUCGACGAGAAAGCCCGUGGUGUUGAUAUUCAGCGUCGCACCUAUGCUGGUUUCGCGUUCCUUCGCUUCAGUCGCAUUGACGCCGAGCACGCCGACGAAGUUGUCUCGGCCUUACAGGGGCUGAAAAUCUUGGACCAGGAAGUUGUGGUUGAAAAAGCCAGGACAAAAGCUUCCAGGGCUGAAAGUGAGCAGCAGAACGGCGAUGCUGGUUACGGCGAGGAGGAAGGCAAUACUGGAGGCAGUGGAUACAGGGGCGGCCGUGGAGGGCGACGUGGCGGCAAACGGUAUAGGGGCGGUCGUCGAGGACGAGGUGGUAUGGGCGGUCGCGACGACAGGAGGAGGAAGCGCGAUGACGAGGAAGGAGGAAGCAGCUACGAAGAUGAAGGUCGGGAGUACAGAGAAGGCCACUCUUCCUCGGGGGUCACUGCAGGAGACGCUGCUGGUGACUCUACGUCUAAUUGGGAGAAGUGAAGCGCCCUAGCGUUCCCGUGACUGCGUUCCAUGCCUGUGGCUAAGAAGGCCUCUCGCGCCCCAAAAACGCCAGAGUUCUCGAGGUUAUCGGGCCAGACCUCUCACUGCACACCGAGACAAGAAAAAGUUUUCUUGACGUUAACCUACACUAGAAUAGGCGAAAAACGCCUGCCCUUUGCAUGCCUGAGAAGGUUUCUACUACUACUUCGUAUUGAUGGAGCAAAUUAACAAAGUAGACUAGUAUUUUGUGUUGCUAGAUUGGAAAGGCAAUAUUUCCAGAUGCUUUAGAAUGUUACUUGUGUAGCAGUACGGCGCCAUGCGUUUUGAAGCUUGUGUGGGCGUAACACUGUUGGUGGCUAAGCUUUUUGGUUACGAAGAGCAUUCGUACGAUGUGGCCAGGCCCUCUGUAUCGUCUGUAGUUUAAGCCUCUCACACGUAAGGCACUUGACAUAUCAUGCUGCAGCUACGAUAAAUACCUCCAUACUAACUCGUGGGCGUUUUUUCCAUGGACUCGAUAAGACGUAUUCUUGUUUCGAUUCGGAGUUGAGAAUGUGUCUGCGGUUUAUUAUGUGUGGUUGAACGCUUUAAUGAUAAUAUUGUGAAAAUAAUAGGACCGCAAAAAAAAUGCUGCUUCAUUGUUGCUCGUCUCGUUGAGUCGAAAGGAGCAUAAAUCCUAUUCGAUACUUAAUAACGUCGUGAGCAGUAGACUUUCUCAGAUUGUAUCAUAGAGUAAUUCAUCAGGAUUUACUGUAUAUUGUUUGAGAAAGGAUGCAAUUUCUAUUUUUCUAACAAUGUUGCAACAUUUGUUAAGACUUCGUCGUGUUGUGGACCUCAGAUAUGGCAAGCGAGGCAUAUAUCAAAGACGACAGUUUCUCCCCUGGCCGUUGAUGUUCACUUUCUGUGAUGCUUUGCUGAUGAUCUCGGCCUAAUAAACCUUUCCAGGGAUGAAUUACGUACAAUUCUAGUAUAUAAACUAAAUAAAUUAUUGAAUAGUUCUUUGAUACAGCCUCGCUUGUUAAACGCUUUCUAGAGUUAUUGCAGUGUAGAUAUUCUCUUUGAAAUUGAGUUCUCUUUUUUCCAACGACGCUUACGAAGUUUACUUAUUAAUUCGUUAGCAUCGCAGGGGCAGUUAAUUUUGUCUUGACCUUCUCCACAUUGUUAUAUUUCUCCGUUUUCUUUCUUUGAUAUCAAAAUUACUUGAUGGUUUUCAUCGUUUGUUAUCAAUACAGAUAAGAUGAUCUU